CACAAAACCGAACCCCCCAUCCUCCAUUUCCAAGCUUUUCUUACCUCACUUUCCUACAUACCCAUCUUCCAAAAUCAAGUUUUUCACUCAAAGAUUCAAGAAAUUACAGAAAUGAAAUUCUUUGUCAUCAUCUUCUUCUUCCUCCUCCAUUAUCUCUCGUCCGGCCCCAAGCGGAGAAUCACCGGAGAACCCAGACCCAGAGGAAACCAGAGACAAUUUGAUGGAUUCUUUGGUGGUUUCUCACAGAACCCUUCUCUAAACCAGAAAAUAAAGGAAGAAGAGGAGGAGAAAGGGGGAGGAGGAGGGAGGAGAGAGAGAGGAGGAAGAAGAGAAGUGGGUAACCCACUAUUCAUCCAAGAUCAAAUUCUCUUAGUGGGCGAAGGAGAUUUCUCCUAUUCUUCGAGUUUGGCCUCUUCUUUUGGCUCUGCCUCUAACGUUUGUGCUACUUCUCUCGACUCAGAAGAUGAUGUCAUCAACAAGUACAAGAAUGCCAAGUCGAAUUUGGAAAAUUUGAAGAAGCGGGGCGCAACCAUUUUACACGGAGUUGAUGCAACCAAAAUGAAGAAUCAUGAUGACUUAAAAAAGCGCAGAUUUGAUCGAUUUAUCUUCAAAUUCCCUCAUUCAGGCUUCCAUGGAGAUGAGCGUGAAUACUGGGUGAUUCUGAAACAUAGGACUCUUGUGAGUGGAUUCUUCAGCAGUGCAAGCAGAAUGCUUCAAGUCAAUGGUGAAAUACAUGUGAACCACAAAAUCAAACACCCUUUUUGUUGUUGGAAUCUCGAGGAACUGGCUUCUGCAAAUUCUCUGGACCUGAUUGAGAGUGUUGAGUUCAAAAUAGGAGAUUACCCUGGUUAUAACAAUAAGAGAGGGUCUGGUUCAAAAUGUGAUGAACCCUUCCCUUUGGAUUUGUGCAAUACCUACAAAUUCAGAUUUUUGAAUAGAACUAAAAACAUAUCUCGGCAAUUGCAGGACUCCCCAGCCCAAAGGCAGCUGCAGCCAAACACAUCUGCUUUCAAUUAUAGUUAUAGAAAACACAUUGCAGCUGUGAAUCCCUUUCUACUCCAACCGCAAUUGCCUUAUAUAGUGGAUGCCAUGAAUGAUUGCUCUUGGAAUUUUAACACAUGCUCAAAUGCUGCAUUUGGAAGAGAUAUCAAUAAUCCAAGACAAGUAGAGCUGCCGAGCAUAAUAUCUAAUUUGAGUUUGUCACCAAGAAGUCACAUUCGAUGUCAUAGGGGGCUGUUUUCUACCAAUAAUGCUGAACCUGGAAGCCAUAUCAAUUAUCCAAUCCAAGCGGGGUUGCUGCCUAGAUAUCACACUACCAAUGUGAGCCACAUUCAACCUCGUUUGGAGUUGACUUCUACCAUCUGUGCUGGAAGAGAUAUCGAAUAUCGAAGCCAAGCAGGGUUGCAGCAUACUUUUCCUGAUUUCAGUUGGCUACAUCGAGAUUGCAUUACUGACAUGAAUCACCUACGGCUGCAGCAUACUUUUCCUGAUUUCAGUUGGCUACAUGGAGAUUGCAUUACUGACAUGAAUCACAUACAACCUCAUGUGGGGUUGCCUUCUACCAUCAUGCCUGGGAAUGAUCACUCUUGGGACUUUGGUGGCAACUUGAAUGGUCGAGUCGAAACAUAUCCAAGGCCUUCUUAUAACGUGCAGUGUUCUGCUGUUGAAAGAUGGGGGUGUAAUUUUGAUGUGCCAUAUUCUUUACCUGAGGGAGCAAAGCAUGACUUUGGAAGAUGGAUGGUGGAAGUGCGAAAAGGAUCCUCCAGAGAAGACUUGUAUUUAAAGCAUGAGAACCACAUGAACAUCUCGAGUUCAAAGCUGCCAAGGGUGUGGCCAGGGGUGCUGCAACUCUAAUCUAUUUGUUAAAUGCUAGUGAGACUUGGGAAUUGUGGUAAUGGUAUUGGAAUCUAAGAGGAUGUAUGUAGAUUUGUGUUCGCCAACACUUUAUUGAUGUUUUGAGUUAUGAAGCUAGCUAUGCAUUAGUGUAUAUAGCAUCAACCAUGCAAGGACUGUUCCUUGCUUAAACUGAGAAUCUCUGUAGGAAAUUAUAUUUUGGAUAAAACAGUUACUACUUU